AUGAUGCAAGAAAUAGAGCUAAAGUACCGUGAUAAAAUUCGGAAAUUGAAUAUCUUAUUGUUUAAUCCUCCGAUCAGAAGUCCAUCUAAGGCGCAAUUGAUAGUUAUCAGACAUGCUUUUUCUUAAAUAAAUUUGAAGAUGAAGGAGUUUUUAACUGAAAAAUUCGAUGAGGUUAAGGAAAAUAAGAAUCAUCCUGAGAGAAAAUAAUUAAUCUUAAGUAGAGAAGACAUAGAUUCACCGCUUCAUGAAAUAGGCAUCUUGCAAUGCAUGAACAAUUAAAAACAUAUUAAUCUUAUUGAUUUUUAAAUCGUUCUGGUAUCACCAUUAAAGCGUGCCCUUCAGACUUGCAUUUAUUUAUUUUAAACCCACCCUAAUAGAAAAUAAAUAAAAUUUUUAAUUUUUCCUUUAGCAGCUGAAAAAUUGAGCAAUACAUCUUCAUUUUCGCCAGAUACUUUUACUAAUUAAAAGGAAGAAAUAUCUUAAUUAGCUUCGAGAUUUGAUAUUGAAUUUGACUAUAGCUUAUUUAAUGAAUUUGAAGUCUAGGAGUAGUGGUAAAUUGAAAUGCUUUGUAAUGACCACUUUCAUAUGAAAUAGAAGCUAAAAGAAUCAGAUCCAAAUAAAAUUAAUUACAAAGAAUUUGUACUUUAAGAAUUCGAUGAUCAUUUUCCAGAAUACCUUGAGACUUGGGAGCAGUUAUACGAGAGAGCCUAAUAAGCAAAAUCUUAAAUUAAGGCUUUUUUAAGAUAAACUGAUAAGAAAGUUGGUCUAAUAUCUCAUUUUAAUUUGAUUAAAUGCCUAACAGGAGACGGUAUAAAUGAUGAAAAAUAAAUAAUUAAUGGAAUAAACAUAAAUAAUUGUUAGAUAAUUCCUUAUCCAAAUAUUAAGAAGGAUAAUUGA